AUGGCUUCAGACCGCGGUCUGUACUACAAAACUCCCUCCACCAAUUUUUCAACCAGUCUUCCCCUCGGCAAUGGCCGCCUUGCUGCUUCUGUCAUGUCUUCCCCCGACCGUGAGUCACUACUUUUGAACGAGGUGACUUUUUGGUCUGGGGCACCGCAUACCGCUGGCUCGGGCCUCAUCUCACGACCGGCCGACCCCAAAGCAGAACUACGAACAACGCAGCGCUGCUUGCUAGAUGGGAAUUUCAACCAGGCAAAAGCACGAGUACAAAAAUAUCUCGAGAGCAAGAAGAGAAACUUUGGAACUAAUCUGGGUGUGGGUCGUCUCGAUAUUGUGGUCCACGGUCGCGAAGAUGUCAGCGAGUUUGAGAGAGAGUUGAACCUAAAUGAAGCUCUCACGGAAACACGGUAUAAGAAAGGGGGUCAUGAUUUUCGGAGACGAUGUUUUGUGAGCCAUCCGCAUCAAGUGCUGGUGGUGAAUUUCGUGACUUCUGAUCCGGAUGGACUGGAACUUGCCGUUUGUAUGCAAGGAGAGGGGGACGCCUUCACAUCCUGGGUCCAAGACGGAAGGCUUCACUUCGUUACCCAAGCACUUGAGAAUGUCCACAGCGAUGGAACAUGCGGCGUUAAAGGCCACGGUAUUAUCGCUGCGGUUGUAGAGGAUGGGAAGAUUGAAGAACGCGACGGCAAACUGAUAAUCUCGGGCCAAGGCGGCAUCACAAUCCUGCUGGCCUUCAACACCAACUACCACGAGAGUGAGAGCGAAUGGAAGAACAAGACAUCCAUACAUAUUGAUCAUGCUUCAAAACUAUCUAUGUCUAAUCUGCUUGCUGCACAUCUGGCAGAUUAUCAACUACUCUACCAAAAAGCUAGCCUCACACUGGGGAGCGGUUCAGAGGAAACUGCGAGUCUGCCUACAGACGAACGUCGGAGGAACCUGCAGGCUUCUAAAUAUACCGGAGAUCCGGGCAUGUUUGCACUGUACUUCCACUUCGCACGCUAUCUCACCAUUGCUGGUACACGCGCUGACUCCCCUUUGCCGUUGCACCUCCAAGGCCUAUGGAAUGAUGGCGAGGCGUGUCGGAUGGGCUGGAGCUGUGACUAUCAUCUUGAUAUCAAUACACAGAUGAACUAUUUCCAUGUCCUACCCAUGGGUAUCACUGAAGCCAUGCAGCCCAUGGUCGCUUACCUGACCUCCUCGCCACGGCGGGCCAAGGUGCUGCACGUGCAUGUUACGGAUCCCGGCUGGGAGAUGACGUACGGAUUGAAUGUGACAGGUGGACUGUGGAUGGCAAGCCAUCUGAUUGAGAUAUACGAAUACACAUUGGACGACCAGUUUUUGCGAGACACGGCGUACCCCCUCUUAAAAGGCGCCGCAGAAUUCUUCCUUGACUAUAUGAUUGAGGAUCUUACGACAGGAUGGCUUUUGACUGCACCAUCUAUCAGUCCAGAAAACAGCUUUUUGGUGGACAUACCAGGAAAACACAGAGAGGAGCACUGUAUCCACCUCUCACCCACUCUCGAUAUUGUUUUGUUGCGUGAUCUCUUCAACUUUUGUUUGUAUGCUUCAAAAGUCCUCGAAACAGACACCACCUUUGCAGAAAAGAUCAAAGCUACUACAGUCAAACUACCAACGUUUCAAGUUGGAAAACAUGGACAGCUUCAAGAAUGGCUCCAAGACUUUGAUGAGGCACAGCCAUAUCACCGCCACCUUUCUCAUACCAUGGCUCUCUGCCGGUCCGCACAGGUCUCUGUGAGACACACUCCAGAUCUCGCUCAAGCUAUAAAAGUCUCACUGGAAAGAAGACAGGAUUGUAGUGACUUGGAAGAUAUCGAGUUCACAGCUGCAUUGUUUGGUCUGAACUAUGCGCGCCUGGAUGAUGGAGAGAAAGCGCUGAGUGAGAUUGGCCACUUGGUUAGCGACCUGAGCUUUGACAAUCUUCUCAGCUAUAGUAAGCCAGGGGUAGCUGGAGCUGAAGAAAACAUUUUCGUCGUGGACGGCAACUUUGGAGGUGCUGCAGCCAUCAUGGAGAUGCUGGUCCGUUCCUCGAUGCCAAUUCUUGAGGGCCCAGUUGAAGUGGACCUGCUUCCAGCCUUGCCAAAGACAUGGACACAAGGUAGAGCAAGGGGCUUCCGACUCAGGGGUGGCUUGGAGAUAGAUUUAGAAUGGUCACAAGGGGUAUUGACAAAAGCAUCGUUCAGGGCAAUGUCAUCUGGGACUAUUGCAGUGUACUACGGUGGUCACUGCUUCAAGUCAGGGUAUCAAGUAAGCGAUAUCAUCGAGUUGGGGUCAGAGCUAGUGGUUUGUAGAUAG